UGAGUCUCCACAAAAUAUAUAUAUCUCUCCUCUCUCUCUCUCUCUCUCUCUCUCUCUCUCUAUAUCGCCAUGGCGUCCGUGCGAGUUCUCCCUCUCCCCAUCCCCUCCUCCUCAUCCUCCUCCUCCGACGCAAACCCAAGCAAGGUCGUCCCCUACAGAAACCCUAGAUUCCUCUCCAAGCCGCCCCGCCCCGCGCCGCUCCCCUUGCUCGCGACGUCCCGCGCCUCCUCCUCCUCCUCUAGGGUUCCCGACCCCCUCGUCCACCGGUGCCGCGCCUCUCCCUCGGCCUCGUCGUCGUCCUCCUCCGGCGACGAUUCCGAGCGGCGGUGGCGAUGGGACUCGCUCCUGCAGGACGCCGUGCGCAACGCGGUCAGGAGGCUGGAGGAGUACUUGAGCUCGUACUGGAACGCUUCGGCGAAGAGCGGCGCCGCGGCGGGUGCGGGGAAGGAGGGGGAGAAGGGACAGGAAGGGUUAAAGAAGGGAGAGGAGGAGGAGGGGAACGAUGCGGAGGUGGAGGAAGAGGAGGCGGAGAAGGAAGAAGAUGAGGAUGGGAAUUGGAGUUGGGAGAGGUGGAAGCGGCACUUUGCGGAGGUCGAAGAGAGUGAGAGGCUCGUGUCGGCGCUUAAGUCACAAUUAAGGGCAGCUACUGCUAUGGAGGAUUACGAAGGUGCUGAAGAGUUGAAGUUGGCAAUAAUUGCUGCAUUGAGAAAUGAUUCUGUGGGAGGAGCAUUUUCUGAUCUGAGUAGAGCUGUGAAUGAAGAACGCUACGGGGAUGCAGCUUAUAUUCGAGAUCAUGCGGGUACAGGAUUGCUGGGUUGGUGGUAUGGCAUUUCAGAAAAUGCUGCUGAUCCUUAUGGACGAAUUAUCUGUAUAAGUGCGGAACAUGGGAGAUAUGUGGCAAAAAGUUAUCACUCAAGGCAGUUAGCGUCACAAAGUCCACCUUUUCCUCUAUUUGAGAUUUAUUUAACUGUGAAAAAUGGAGAAUACAAGCAACAGGCAGUGUACUUGAAACCGAUUAGUACUGAUUCUGGCAAGUUCCAGCAAACUUCCACAGAGAAAUCAGAUAUUGGCAGUGUAGACUCACUAGAUAGUUUGUUAGAAGGAAAAAGUGAUCUAUUCACUGAAGAGAGGGAUGAUGAUUCUGAUUUGGCUGGUCUGGCUGGUCUCCAAAAUGUGCCCCGAGAUAUGAUUCCUGUUUUUAAGGUCAAGGUCUUAAAAGUGGUAUCAUCAGGCAAAGUAGACAAAGAUUUUAUUUCUAAGAUUAUUGAUCAGAUUCUGGAGGAAGAAGAUGAUGAUGACAACGAUGAUACCGAUUUAGAAAGUUCGGAUCGAGAAGAUAUUGGAGAUGAGAAUAAGACUGAAGAACUGGGAACUGAUGCUCGAGAGGCAACUAAUGCUACUGAGGACCAAACCGGAGCAACAACAAAAUUGUCAGUCAGUGUUGUUAAGCAAGAAGAUGUGUUGCGUAGGAGGAUAGUUCAAGUGCCGGCUAGGCUUGAGAAAAGGAAUAAUUUAUCAUUUUCCUUCUACAUUGAGGAUGAUGGUGAGCAGCACAAAACUGGCAGGAAAAGGCGUGUUUCACAAAAUAAAAUUGCUCCACAUUCAGUCCAGCAUGACUCUGAGCUUGUUAUUCCUGAUCUUGCUAAGGUUAUUGGCAGCAAGAAAAAAGUAUCUUUAAAGAUAUUUAAAGGUGAUCGGAAAUCGAGCAGUAAUAAAGUGAAAGAGAAGGCCCAUCGACCACUUUCUGGAGCAAUUCAUUUUAACCGCAUCAUGUUACCACAAACUUCAGAUCCUCUUAGUGGCCUGUAUAUGGGUACAUAUGGAAUUAACUCUGAAGUCCUCCAUUUGAGACGCAAGUUUGGUAGCUGGCAAGAGGAUGAGGCAUCUCAGAAACAAAGGGAUUUAGAAUUUUACGAGUAUGUUGAAGCCAUCAGGUUAACUGGGGACCGCAAUAUACCAGCCGGUCAGGUUGUCUUUCGUGCAAAAGUUGGCAAGCAAAAUCAGCUUCCUCACGAGGGGAUAAUCCCAAAAGAACUCGGAGUGGUUGCUAGAUAUAGAGGACAAGGAAGGAUUUCUGAUCCUGAAUUUAAAAACCCUCAUUGGGUUGAUGGUGACCUCCUGAUUCUUGAUGGGAAGUUCAUCAAAGAGGGCCCUGUUAUUGCCUUCUUCUACUGGGCGCCUAAUUUCCAUCUCUUUGAAUUUUUCAACCGGUUGAGUCUUCCUACCUAGAUUACUACUGCAUUGAGGAGGUGAAGACGACUCGUAUUGCAGAGUCAGAGGUGCAAGCUAACAAAAUCAAGAACUAAAGAAUCCAUCCUCGCGCAUCUUCAACCGCAUAGAACUUGAAGGAAAGAAGAAAACAUUGACAAUUGCCAGACUAGCAUUCAUUUCUAACUUAUUCCCUGUGAUCUUAUUUAUUAUUUUACUUGUGGCCUUUGUGUUACAUGUGUGAUUUUCUGCUUUGAUUUGUUGAAUUGCUCUGCUGCUUCUCUGCAUCCCUUAGUCAAGUUAAACUUGACCAUCACUUAAUAGACCUCGCCACCGCGAUCUCAAUUUGAUCCUCUGUAGUUUCUUUUAUCCUCGUUUUUGGCUUUUGUCAACUGAGUUAUCAAUUUUAGGAACAGGUUUUUGGUGGAUCGGCCCUCGGAAAUUCUUUAUCCUUCAUGUGAUAAGGAAAGCGCAGAUAUGCGGAUCUACUUCGUCGGCCUUUUUGUCCAUCUAUUGUACAGUUUAAAUUAAAUAAAUUACAUGCUCAAUGAGCAUGACCUACUACAUUCAUUUGAGGUGUUUUUUUUUUUUUUUCCUUUGUCCUUACUGGAAAAGAGCAGCUGUAUGAAUAUGAAUGAAAUUUUCCUGUGAGACAGUCAAUUUAUUACACAUAACGUAACUCUAGCUGGAUAUUGUUUCCUUA